UACCUGUCUGUGCCCAUCUAAAUCAGGAGUCGGCAACCAUCAACAGAGGAGUGGUUGUUGUAAUACUAUGCCUUAGCUCCAGCAGACUUCCCAAGGACGAAGAGGCAGCCACAACCGUUUCAUCUGGACUUUAACUACACCCAAACUCGACGGAUUUCUUUCGUUAAUAGGUUUAUAGAUUUGGGAAUGGCUGUCGUUUUCAGCGUCGACUUUCACCAAGCGUGUUUGGGACUACUUCUGAUUUCUACCAUUAGAGGUGUACUGUGCGGGACCAUAGUCCAGCCUGUGGGAGACAGAGUGGUCAAACCCCUGGUGGGUAGCAAUGUGACCCUAAGCAUCAGCUACUCUGGGGUGACCACACCAAAGGUGGCAUGGUUUAAGGGUCUUCAGUCCAUUGCGACCUGGGACAUCAACAGCACCGCACCUCCCAUUAUAGAUGGCCCCUAUCAAGGUGUUCUAAUGGUGGAGAAAGAUGGUUCUCUCUCCUUCACCAAUGUGGCACUGGAGCACAGUGGAACGUAUGAAAUCAAAGUGUGGCAGGUGGGGGCAGUGGAGGGCAAAGCCAACUUCACCCUCACAGUGUAUGACAAAAUUGAGGGCACCAUAUUACACACAGCAUCAGAGAACCCAGUUGAAGGCAGCGACCCAUUCACUCUGUACUACGCCACCGAUAAAGGACAGGCGGAGAACGUGCAGUGGUUCUUCAACGGAACAGAACUACAGCACGGCUCUCGCUACCACAUCAGUGGGAAGAACCUUUCCAUUGUCCGCCCUAGUCGAGAGGACACGGGCCAGUACAACGUCACCCUCAGGAAUCCCUUCAGCUAUGGGACCACCACCACAAACGUUACAGUGUUGUAUGGACCAGACCGGCCCGCGCUGCAAGUGAGGCCCACAAAGGACUUCUUUGUUGUGGGGGAGUCUCUCUGGCUCUCCUGCGGGGCGCCGGGGGAGCCCUUGCCCUCCGUCUCCUGGGCCUUCGAUGGCCACCUCGUCCCCAGCGCCGGGCCUCCUGGCGGGGAGCUACACGUCCCCCACGCCCAGACUAAUCAGACGGGGACUUACACCUGUACGCUGAGGAACGACAGAACCGGAGUAGAGAGCAACACGAGCGUUAAUAUCACAGUCUAUGAGAGCCCCGUGGGCAGCCCUGUAUGUUCUGUCCAUGCAGCGGAUGACAGCUCUGCCUUGCAGUACCGUUGUCUGUGGCCAGGGGGCACUCCAGAGGCACAAAUGACUUUCCCAGCACUGAACGGCAGCAUGACGGGCAUUGGGGACCUCAACCUGACCGUGGAUGACCCCCAGGAGCUGGACGGAUGGGAGGUUUCAUGCCUCGCCCAUCACCCCGUUCACCAAAAACGAUGCAACAUCACUGCAAGCAAACCAGCUGACUUCCUUUCGUCCGUGUACUCCACGGUGGACGGAGAGGGCAAGUUGGUGGUGAUCAUCGAAUGUCUCGCCGACGCCUCUCCUCCCCCCACGAUGACCUGGGCCAGGUCGGGAGAGGACGUGGCCGCUCUGAUUGGCUACGAGAUCAGUGACAACACCACGCAGCUCCGCAUCAGCAACUUCAAUGUCAGCAUCGCUGGUCUGCACAGCUACGAGUGCACGGCCACCAACCCCUUAGGCAGACACACCAGGUCCACCAGGCUGCAGGGUCCAGCUAUUUCAGAUGCAGGUUUCUUCCUCAAUGAAGAGAAAACAGACAUCACACUGACCUGGGAGGUGCCAUCUACAUCCAUAGUCACAGGCUUUGACAUCCAGAUGAAGGGCCCAGAUCUGUCUACGCCCUCCACCAAUAGGACGGCGAGCCUCAGCCAGCGAGCGAAGAACGAGUACCGCACCAUCAUGGUGAGGCCCGGUGAAGCGAGGAGUGCCGACGUCUCUGGCCUCGACCCCAUGACCAGAUACUACUUCCGGGUCGUCCCCAAAGCAGGAAGAAGGGAUGGGGAGCCAUCUGUGCAGAUGCCCAUUGGACCAGGUGGGGGUCUGAGUGGUCCGGCCAUCGCUGGCAUUGCAGCAGGUAUCCCCUGUAGUCUCCUGGUGCUGCUCCUCCUCUGCCUCGUCUUCCCUUGUGUCCUCUACCACAAGAGGAAAAACAAACAAGCCAGAUAUCCUGUUUCCAGGGCAGUUGAGAAGGCUGUUACAACCCUGAGUACACCACACCAGCUUUUAACAGGCGGGUUGAAGAUGCCACCAGACUACAGCAACCACCAGCCCCCUGCCAUAGAGCGAUCUGUUACACUGCCAUCAACCGUCGCCCCUCCUCCUGCCAGAAUGGCCACCACUGUAUAGAUGUACAUACCAGCUUUCCCUUGUUUUACUCUAUGAUCAAGCUUUUACUGUAUUUAUUCUUUGUGUUUUGUAUUUGAAGUUGUUGCUUUGUGCAGAAAUGUGUGAAUCCACUGUAGUGAGAUCCAGGGCUCUAAAUUAUUAUCACCAGCCAAAAUGGCCAGUAGCUGUUUUUUACUAGCCAAACGCAGUAGCUGUUUUUUACUAGCCAAACGCAUACUGUACUGACUAAUGGGACAAAGUGGCUAGUAAGUUGGUCUUUUCUACCAGCCAAAUUGAACUUUCACCAGCAUUUGGCUAGUUUGCUGGUGCUAAUUUAGAGCCCUGGUGAGAUAUGUGAGGCUGAGCAACAGGUACUAUUACCACAACACACUCUCUCCUGUAGUGGUGGAGGAUUUUAUUGUAACUCUGUGAGGUUUUAUAUUCAUGUUUACUGUAUUGUGUUUUUAUAUUUUGUUUUAAUCCCAAUGGUGUAAAUAAACCCAUAUUUGUGCAAAAAUAAAUAUAUAGUUUUGCUUCACCA